AUGAAGUUUCCGACUGUCUUGACAUUAGCGUUAGUCGCAACAUGCGAUGCUCUCAAAGUGACCAUCCUCGCAGAUACCAACCGCGACGGAAAAGUCGACAAGAAAGACCUCGAUGGCAAAUCUUCAUGGACCGCCAAUCGAGGCGCCUUAAUUUUACCGAACAUCGGCGAUACUGGCCUUCGCUGUGCGAAGAAAUGGGGACCCAGCGUCGACAUCAUUCCGAGCAAUGAGACUUAUUUGGACUUGUGCAACGAUGCGACAGAUGACAUCCAACGUAACCCAAAAUAUCUUGCGCCGCUUAAAACGCUUCCAAUAUUCGGACUGAGCCCAUCUGCCAUAGGAUCUAUCCAAGUCACUGAUAAAACAGCCGCAGCAAAGGUCCGCAUCUUCGCAAAGAAAAGCAACAAGUGGAUUUACGUAUCAGCAAGUUAUGUCUUCACGACCAAGGAGCUUUCAUCAGGCCUCGAACUGGGUAUUGAUGCCCGAGAUGUCCGCCGCCCUAAAGGCUGGGAUGGCAAUGCAAAGAUACAGUUCACAGUCACUGAUGGCAAGACAAAAGCAACCGACACUGUCGCUGUGCGAGUUGCCCCCGUAUUGACUCAUCAUCACGGGCAGGUGGCCCAACGCAUCUUCUCAACCGGCGUGAACGAGCCUGGCUCCAACCCCCAGCAACAGCAGUUUGUGGAUGAUGUCAAGCGCAACGUCGCCAGUUCUGGUAUCAGAGACUCCGUCUUCCUCUUCGACAACCAAGAUAUUUGGACACAAGACUUUUUUGAGCCCGGCUACUCAAGCAUGCCUGGCCCUAACGGUCCAAUUACUAUCCGAAUCAUGAUCCGGUCAGUCCAAAGCUCUCGUCGAUCCGGCCGUGACGCGUUCCAUGAGCUCCGAAGCGACAAGGUUGGCGCAGUCCAACAUCCAGGUGACGGCGAUACUAUCGACUCCACUGGAAACCUGGAGACUAUCCCCCCCUACAAGUACAACGGAAAGUCGUUUCCUCAAGGCAGAACGAUCAUGGGCGCUUGGGAUGGAAGAGCUCCUCUCAUGGUUGACUUUCUCAAGGCCCAAGAAGCUCAGGACCCUCUUAUUCUCGACACAAGCUGGUUGUACGUUGGCCAUGUUGACGAGUUCCUUCAAUUCCUGCCCGCCUACAAUGAGCGUGGAUGGAUCAUUAUGGUUGCAGAUCCGCUCAAGGGUCUUGAUCUACUGAAGAAGGCGUCCAAGGCCGGUCAUGGAAGUGUCAAGGCUGUUUCGCGUUCGCUCCAGGUGGAGGAGAAGAAGCAGGAGCUGUGCCUUCCCAGACAGACUAUCCAAGAGGCUCUCAAGUUCAAGAACUUUGACGCCAUCCAGAAGAGCUCGGCUCAGCGCAUUGAAGCCAACCUCAACAUCCUCAAACGAGAGACUGGGAUCACUGACAAGGACAUCUUCAGAGUUCCCAUGCCUUUCUACUAUGCUGAGUCAGACAGCUGGUUAUGUCCUGGCCAGAAGCCAUCAGACUCAAAAACAGAGGAAGAUACAUCCAAAACACCUCAAAAGGCAUCAGGCAAGACCGGUAUCACGAUGAAAGGCGCUAUGGGACCUGUUUACAAGGCCAAAUCGAUCGUGGAAGCGGGCACCCCAAAGAACUCGUUGCAACGACGCGCGGUUGAUACAGCUAGCCAGGUUCUAGCUCUUUGGCCGGGUACUGUCAAUGGUCUGGUUUUGCCGGACCAAAAGGUCCUUGCACCUAAGCCUUGGGGUCCUGUGAUUAACAAGCAGGACAUUUUUGCAAAUGCUGUAUCCGAGGUGUAUGCCAGCGCUGGGUACAAUAUCACGUAUCAGGAUGAUUGGUUCUCUCAUUUCAAGAUGCAGGGAGAUGUUCACUGUGGCAGCAACUCCUGGAGGACUAUAGACAUCAAGUUUUAG